UUGACAGGUAGCCGUCAAUUACAUAACCCCACAACUUUUGUCAAUCCUUCCUGCAUCAUUUUAGUGUAAUUAGAGAUUAAAAAAUAUAAUAAUGUCCAAACGAUUAAUACCAAAAGCAUUUAAUUGGAGUGCUUUAGCCGAAAGGGUGCCUCCUCAUCAAAAGCAGCAGUUUAAUAUGUUCAAAGUUCUUUCCGAGGGUUACCUAUCGCGGGUUCUUGCUUACCCAGAGGAGCCACCGAAAAUCGACUGGACUAGUUAUGAAAAAAACAUUCAUUUGCCUGGACUAGUUGCAGACUUCCGAAAGCAGUAUGAAACAUUAAAAGUCCCUUAUCCUCCAGAUACAGUAACUAGUAAAAUUACUGAGCAAGAAAAACAACUUCAAGUUGAAAUUCAGAACAUUAAGACCGAAUCUAAUGCACGAAUUGCUGAAUAUAAGAAACAGAUUGAUCAUUUGCUUUCCCUCUUACCAUUUGAUCAAAUGACUAUGGAAGAUUUCAAAGAUGCUUACCCAGAUAUUGCUAUUGAUCCUCUUAAUAAGCCAACAUUCUGGCCGCAUAACCCUGAGGAACAACCAGGCUAUGUGGAUAAAGAUGCUCCUCAAUCAGGACACUAGAUAUUCAUUUGUAAAACAUUUAGCAGUUUUUAAAUAUUACGUAUUAAUUGAUUAAGAUUGAAAGUUAUUUAAAGGAUGUAUUCAUUUUUCUGUUUCAUGAUUGAAAAAUAAAUUACAUAUAAUCCA